AUGAUUAAUUAUCGUGUAGUUUUAAUCUUUUUAUCUGUAAUUCUCUUUGUUUCAACAUUACAUGGUGAACGUGCACGUAUUGAUGAUCUUCAAGAUGAAGAAAGUUUAAAUGAAAAUGAAGAUUUUAUCGAAGCAGUUAAACGUUUUUGGCUUAAGAAAAAAACCUCAACAACAGAAAAACCAAGUUCCGAUGUAAUUUCAGCUCUAGUAAUAACAACACCAAGUAAUGCAAUUGUUACAUCUUCAAGAUCAUCAAUUUUUGAUGGAUUUGGAAGUACAUCACAAUAUGGUCGUACACGUUAUACGAGUUCACCAAUGAAAAAUGAUUGUGGUUUGAAUAAUCCCUGUCAACAUGGCGGUACAUGUCGAACAUUGGCAAGUGGUCGACUUUACUGUUUGUGUACAGAUGAAUAUUAUGGAAACCAUUGUGAAAAAAAAUUUAGAUUCAGUGGUUCCGAUGCUAGUAGUAGAUUACGUAAAGAUCAUUGUGCAAGCUCUCCAUGCCAAAAUGAAGGUGAAUGUGUUCCAUUAAAAACAACAUAUUAUUGCCGUUGUAAAAUACCUUAUUAUGGAAUUAAUUGUCAUAAGCAAUUAUCAAAACGUGAACAAAUAGUUGAUGAAUCAAACUCAUCCGAACAAGAAUUCAAUAUUAAUGAAUAUGAUUUAGAAAGACAUUUAAAACAAUUUAUAGCUUCAGAAGAUACAAUUGAUAUUAUAGAAUAA